CUGUGCAUCCUUUUGAGCUCAAGUACCCGUCGCACACGGAAGCUUUGAUGCCGCCACAGGACGAUGGAAGGGGAACACCAGACACGGCACAGCAGUUGAUGGUUGGGAAGCGAUGGCGGCCGGCACAGCAACCCGUGGCGAGCAACGAGCAACAAGAAAGGACGAGCACCAAGGCGCGCUCCGUCCUCUUUGCGUUCCUGCUGAUCCCUUGCUUCCCUUCACUCUGUCGCGCCGGUCUGGCAGGCAAAGGGCGUCUACACUGCGAUCUUCGGACUCAUCUACUGCCGAUGGAGAGCGCUGACGCAAGGCCCUUUUAGAUUUAUAGAGAAGAGAUACCUCCGUCCAAUUCGGGAGCCCGGUAUACGAAAAUUGCUGUGUUUGUAGUAGCAGGAGGCUGGCGAGAUGGACGACUUCUUCCGAACCCAACAGAGCCCUCGCGGCGAGCCACAAGGGAGCUCGGCAUUCGUGUCGUCACCUAGGAACGGGUCUAUGCUGCCACGUCGGUUCACUGCCGACUCCAGCCGUAUACCAACACUUUCGACAAUCAAUACCAUUCCGCGCGCCGCUGAGCCGCAGGACUUUGCUGCUACCUCGGCUUUGCAUAAAGUUCAAUUGCUGGAAAAGAAAAGGAUGGACUACGAGAGGCUUCGGGAGCACAGAAGGCGCUUCGAGGCUGAGAUGUACAAGCUGGACGCCCAGCAGCGCCAGGAAGAGAGAGAGCUUCAGCAGAUGCAGGAAGAUUUGGCCGCAAGAUACGGAGGGCACCAGUCGGAGCCGACUACGCCGCCAGAAUACCGAGACACUGCCGGGUUCCCGUCUAUAUUUUCUAGGCCGAAUCGCUACUCGACAUCGAGCCUCACUUCCCCUCCCGGCCUCUUCAACCGCCCAGGACGGUCCGGCUCGCUCCUGACCUCGCCUCUUUCUGGAACGCUCCCAUCAUCUCGAUUUCCGUUCGACGACAUCCCGUCACACUCCGUUCCCGGUUCGCGGAGGAACAGUGACGAGGAUGAGAAGGAGGAGGCAGUUCGUCAGGACCCAACGAGCCACCGUUCAACAAAUGCCCUCAACAGAUACUCCAUGCCCGUGACCCGGUCCCGGACCUACCUGAGCGAUAUUGGUCUCGAGGACAGCAACAACACAACCGGCUUUCUGUUCGGGGACGAGGACUCGAAUUCGGCAGACAAAAAGACUCCCACAGCCCAGGUUGGCAGCACGGAGCCCUUCCCAUCUUUAUUCCGACAGCAGCCUUUCCCAAGCAUGAAUAUGUCUACCAUGGCGUCGUCCCAACAUAGCACCGGUGCCUCGGUCGGCUCCCCCUCGGAGGCCAGCACCAUCGGCAGCAACCGGCCGGCCAAUAUCCGCCACUCGAUUGACGGCUUGAAGUUCUUCCCGGAGAGCACGUCUGCUGCUCCGGAAGCUCCGGCAACAUCUGUCGUUUCGUCGCCCACUGCUCACACGUUGGCCUCUCCUCCCAAGCUGCACCAGUCCUACUCCGCCAACGACGUGCCGACUGUCAAGACCAACGGCACUGCUGGCAUGGGUGGCAAUGCAAACAACCACGCACAGCAGCAUUUUCACAACCACAAUGCUAGCAUGGGCCGCAUCCCGGCCGGCGCCAUGACUAGCCGCCACAACCGUGAGCUAUCGGGUGAUGCCUCCUCGGCUAAUGGCCGCGAAACUGGUAACUAUCCGUCCAUAACCUCGACCUUGCACGCAAACGCGCCGCCUUUCGGUCCCUCGACCACUCAGCCGCAGCCGCAGCAGGCCCCCUCUGCUGCGACGCCUGCCGUGGGCGCGGCGCCUGCGGUGCCGUACCCGUUUUACCCUGCGAACCCGGGGUACAAUGCUAUGAGCGGCCCUCCUCCAGCUGGUUACAACAGCCUCCCCAUGCUCAUGCAGGGUCUGACGGUGGGCAACGGCAAUCCUUACGCCCAGCAGAAUUUCACGGGCUACAACCCGCUCUACAGCCAGCCGCCUGCCCCUCGCCAGCACCAGGACAGUCAAGCGCGUGUCAUCCAGAGCCGUCGCCAGAUGGACAGUGAAGCCAUGGCUCGCUUCAACAACCUGCCGCUUGAGCAGGUCGGCGGUACCAUUUAUGCACUGUGCAAGGAUCAGCACGGUUGCCGCUACCUUCAGAAGCAGCUGGAGAAUCGUAUCCCCGAGCAAAUCCACAUGAUUUGGCUCGAAACCAACCAGCACGUGGUGGAGCUGAUGACCGAUCCCUUCGGCAACUACCUCUGCCAGAAACUCCUUGAGUACUGCAACGACGACGAGCGCACUGUCUUGAUCCAGAACGCGGCAUCAGACAUGGUGCGCAUCGCACUGAACCAGCAUGGUACUCGAGCCCUCCAGAAGAUGAUCGAGCAUGUGACCACGCCGGUUCAGAUCAACUUGAUUGUUGAGGCACUCCGGAACCAGGUCGUCGAGCUCAUCCAAGACCUGAAUGGCAACCAUGUCAUCCAGAAGUGCCUGAACAAGCUCAGCGCCGCCGAUGCGUCCUUCAUCUUCGAUGCCGUUGGCAAGCACUGCGUUGAGGUGGGUACUCACCGCCACGGCUGCUGCGUUCUCCAGCGCUGCAUCGAUCAUGCCGACGGCCAGCAGAAGAUAUGGCUCAUUGAGUGCAUCACGGCCCAUGCUGUCACCCUCGUGCAAGACCCGUUCGGCAACUAUGUGGUCCAGUACAUAAUCGAUCUCAAUGAGGAGACUUUCACGGAACCGCUUGUGCAGCAGUUCAAGAACCGCAUCGCCGCGCUCUCGAAGCACAAGUUUAGCUCCAAUGUCGUCGAGAAGUGUCUGCGCUGCGCUUCCGAGCAGUCUCGGGAUAUGAUCGUCUCGGAGCUCCUGGCCCACGGCGAAAUCGAUCGCCUGCUCCGUGACUCCUUCGGCAACUACGUUAUCCAGACGGCCUUGGACUACUCGACCCCAAUCUCGAAGCACCGUCUCGUCGAAGCCAUUCGCCCGAGUCUCCCGGGCAUUCGGGCGACGCCGUAUGGCCGCCGCAUUCAGGCCAAGAUUCAGGCCUACGAUGCGCGUACGGGUUCUGGCAACGACCAACGCGUGUUGCCGACCGACCCGACCGGUGGCCAAAUCUCUAUCCGUCAGACCCACAACCGUGGCAUGCCCAACGGUGCCCCGAUGCACGCGAACGGGGGAUACGCCAACGGUGCCAACGGCGUGAAUGGCGGUCUCGUUGGAGCCAUGUACCCAAUCAACUCACCCAUAGCAAUGGGUGCUCCGCAAAGCCACGCUCCGCCGCAGCCGCCGCGUCCCCAGCAUUUCUCGCCUCCCUUUUCCCCUGGGAGCUCGACUACCGAUAAUGGCGAAACCCAGUGGGUCUAAACGGUACUUGGGCGCUGCACGCACAGCUUGUGCAACACGAUGGGACUUGGGCCUUGGUGUCCCGCGUUCUCUUGUCUACUUUACCACCACUUGCUACAUUAGCAACGAAGGCAUCAUCGCUUGCUAUGACCGUCACGACCUUUCCUCUUCUCAGUGUUUCCACUAGCAACGACCGACACGGCAUAUCUUCCGUCAUGAUGCGACACGGUACCCAGUGGGCGACGAAACGACCAUCGAGCUUAAGCACCUCCUUGAGAUUGUUGGUGGGCCGUCUCGAGGAGGCACGCUUUGUUGUACACUAUCCGCUCGAUAGGUACGAGGGCAGUCGCGACCGCAUAGAGCGUUCUGGAACGUAAUUUCCCCCCAA